CGAGUACACUACUACGUACGCUCUGCUGCACCACCACCACCACCCUGGCGCCGAUGUCUUUACCGCCAGCCUCUUUGAAUUUCCCUCGUUUUUGAACAUCUCUAGAAUAUUAUAUCUUUCGACGUAUAAAAAGUCUCUAAUACCGUUCUAUCCUAAUCAGAUAAUCGCCUCACCCCGGCUCGGCCAACUUCCACAUAAUUUACCCGCUGGAACCGCCGCUCCCUCCACCGCAAUUCCUCGGCAUCGCUGUAGCGUUUGUGGUGAAGCUUAUUGACGUGGCCAGGCCCAACGUCACCCUCGACCGGCCCUUCGAAUAACAGCAGGACCGUGUUGGACUUCGACAGCCGCUCCAGAGAGAUACGAUCGAGCCGAGCAGAAGCCUCCUAUCCAACAGACGAGCUCAUGUCGCAAUAAGACCAGAGGACCGGCUGGCCAGGCACAAUGACGGCUGUAGCACUGCAACAGAGAAACCCACCACGACAGCAGUAUAACCCGCGGCAAUCCAACAGGAGCCAACCGCAGACGCCCCAGAGCCAGAGCUACACGCAGUCCAACAACCAACAUAUCCCAUCCUCAUCCACCGCCAGCGCGUCGGGCUCGAAUGGCGCCGUGAGCACCGCUUCUUCUGGAUCCGCGACGUACAACGAACAACCGAGGAGAACGGGGGGGGCAAAUGGCGCGUCGACAGACAUGAUGCCACACCCGACAACGAAUGGCGAAUCCUCGCGCGCAAAUGGAAAUGGAGCGCGGAGGUUGUCUGAUGUAGAAAUCCAGACGCACCACAGGAGGAACCAGAGCUCAUCAGCCCUCCCGCGACCAAACGGCUCUCGCGAAGGAUCGGAGACGAGCCAAGAUGCGAGCCGGAGGAGACCGAAACCGCUUCUGAAGCGGUCAAAGAGCGAUUAUGGCCCACGAGGCGGGGAUGAGGUGGAGGAUAAUAAUGACACUGAUACGUCGGAUUGGGGCGCACGACAUGGGUUUGAAGGACAUUAUGCUUCCGAGGAAUAUGUGUCGCAACUAGCUAAUAACUGGUAUAUGUACUUUACAGAUAAACGCCACGAAUCUACAGGCAACCCGCGACCCUUGAAUUAUGAACUACAAGAUUGGCGCAUGAAGGAUAGAUUGAAGACCGUAUCUGCUGCGCUUGCCGUCUGCUUGAAUAUUGGAGUUGAACCACCGGAUCAGUUGAAGACGACGCCCGGCGCAAAGCUUGAAGCAUGGUCGGACCCGACAACGAUGCCAGUGCAGAAGGCACUGGAAACUAUAGGAAAAGCCCUGCAAACACAAUACGAGACUCUCGCUAUACGGACACGUUAUAAGCAGUAUCUCGAUCCGUCAAUCGAAGAAACAAAGAAAUUCUGUGUCUCGCUGCGUCGAAAUGCCAAGGACGAGCGUGUGCUGUUUCAUUACAACGGACACGGCGUGCCAAAGCCAACAGCUUCGGGAGAAAUCUGGGUCUUCAACAAGAAUUAUACUCAGUAUAUUCCGGUGUCAUUGUACGAUUUACAACAGUGGCUCCAAGCACCCACCUUCUUUGUCUGGGAUUGCUCAGACGCAGGCAACAUCCUCGCCAACUUCCAUCGCUUUGUAGAGAAGCAUGAGCAAGAAGAGGCUGAUGCUCUUGCGAAGGAUCCAAGCACCGUUGUGUCAAAUUUCCGCCCCUACAUCCAUCUUGCAGCAUGUGGUGUGAAAGAGAACCUGCCCACAAACCCAGCCCUCCCUGCCGACAUCUUUACCUGCUGCCUCACAACACCAAUUGAGAUGGCCCUCUGGUUCUUCGUCCUGCAGAACCCAUUACCCUCAAAUAUCACACCCGAAAGGGCAAAGAAGCUUCCGGGUCGACUGCAAGAGCGAAGGACGCCAUUAGGAGAACUGAAUUGGAUCUUCACUGCCAUUACGGAUACCAUUGCAUGGACGACUUUGCCACGUCCGUUGUUCCGCAAGUUCUUCCGUCAAGACCUUAUGGUCGCGGCAUUAUUCAGGAAUUUCUUGUUGGCCCAGAGGGUAAUGCACCAUUAUGGAUGUCAUCCUCAGUCAUACCCCGAGCUUCCGGAUACCCAUCAGCAUCCGUUAUGGGAGAGCUGGGAUCUCGCGGUUGAUAUGGCACUGGCCCAACUGCCAAUGCUUGAAGAGAAGGAAGCAGGCAUCCGACCUGAUUAUGAAUUCGUUAAUUCGACCUUCUUCACGGAGCAGUUGACGGCUUUCGACGUUUAUCUCACACAGGGAGCAGUGACACAUAAGCCUCCGGACCAGCUUCCAGUUGUUCUUCAGGUCCUCCUCAGUCAGCAGCACAGAGUACGGGCACUGAUUCUGCUUGGGAAGUUCCUGGAUAUGGGACCAUGGGCUGUCAACCUUGCGCUAAGCAUAGGAAUCUUCCCUUACGUCCUGAAGCUACUUCAAUCCGCAGCUACAGAACUGAAGCCCGUGAUGGUUUUCAUCUGGACCCGAGUACUGGCUGUCGACCUCUCGUGCCAGCAGGAUUUGCUGAAAGACAGUGGGUAUAACUACUUUUCAAGCAUUCUGAAACCAACUGAAGGACUUCCUGUCGUCGACAGCUUGGAGCAUAAGGCUAUGUGCGCCUUCAUUUUAGCGAUGCUUUGCAAUGGUUACCGGCAAGGACAGAACGUCUGUAACCAGACCGAGAUCAUGAGUCUCUGCUUAACACAUCUGCAAAACCAAGACAACCCGUUAUUACGGCAGUGGGCAUGUCUAUGUAUCAGCCAGCUGUGGAAUGACCUUCCAGAGGCGAAGUGGAGAGGCAUCAGGGAGAAUGCGCAUCAGAAGCUGUGCACUCUUGUCAAGGACAACUGCUGUGAGGUGCGUGCGGCAAUGCUGUACGCCAUAACAACCUUUCUCGGAAUUCCGGACCUUACCGACGAGGUUGCGAGGAUUGAAGAGCAGAUUACCUGGACAGUAACCGAUAUGGCCAACGAUGGCAAUGCCAUGGUCCGAAAAGAGUUACUUGUAUACAUGUCCAAGUACGUUAAGCGCUACGAGAGCAAGUUCCUCGUCGCGGCAUACGAGCAAUUGCAAGAGGAAAAGGAAUACCUUCAAUUCCCACCGACCGAUGAUGGCAACGAUCACAAGAUGGGUCUUCAUUAUGUCCGUGCCGAGCAUCGCAAUGCGGAUGGGACCGUGAAGGCUUCUGCUCAUGGAGUGUCGCAUAAUACAAUUUUCGCUGUGGUAUGGAAGCAUGUUCUCAUAAUGGCUGCCGACCCACAUCCAGAAGUCCAGAGAAAUGCAACAAUUGUCGUCGAUUAUAUCCACCUAAAGCUUCUGGAAUCCCCGCUGAGCUCUCGAUCGCAAGCACUAGUCGAUGAGAUUCUUGUCCUUUCUCGCCGAGCCUUCACUCCUUAUGCACAGCCAGCAACUGAACAGAGGCCAAGCACCCCUAAGCAGCAGUAUGAAACCGCCACGCCACCUUCUACACAGCAGGGGCUUCUGAAGCGCACUGCGAGUUAUUUGUUUACCUUGCCGUUUGGAGGCUCUAGUGCUGAAUCGUCACCUACUGAUUCGAUGAGAGGGCCGCCUAAAUCCCCUGGCCUUAACCGCAAUUCACUGCCUGUCCGGGGCCGUGUACCAGCUGAUUGGAACGCGCCACCAGAACAGAAUGAUACGACGUCAACUCCAGGCACCUACCGUGCGGCAAAGGAACCACUCUCUGGAGGCUACGAGCCGCGGAAACUGACCGAAGCACCAGUCAUCCCAUUGAAGAGUAAUUUCCUGGAGUGGUCGAUCGAGUACUUUAGGGAACCUCAGAUGAAGUCAAGUGAGGCGGAGGAGCCUGGAAGCACUGAUUAUAAUGAGCGACUUUGGCGGAGAUCACGAAAUGAAUCGAUAUUGAGAGAGACGCAGCCCCAGAAAGAGGUUGCUGAAAGCGGCAAAUGGUCAAAUCCCAGUGGAUUCUUCAACAAUGGCAGCCAGCCAACGAAGAUGACCAUGCAUCAGUUCGAGGAUCAUCUUGCAGUGUCAGAUGACCGUGAUACGGUUUGCAUUUGGGACUGGAAGAAACAGGACCGCCUUGCUCGUUUCUCGAACGGUAACCCAGAGGGGUCGAAGAUUAGCGACCUGAAGUUCAUCAAUGAGGAUGACCAGGCAUUUUUAAUGACCGGUUCGUCAGAUGGUGUUAUUCGAAUCUACAGGAAUUAUGAUUCGGAUAAGAAGGUCGAACUGGCAUCAGCGUGGCGAGCUCUCACACACAUGGUACCCAGUAAUGUGAACUCGGGCAUGGUGUUUGACUGGCAACAAGUGAGUGGGAAACUCAUUGUUGCUGGCGACGUCAAAGUCAUUCGCGUAUGGGCUGCUGGGCCAGAAGUCUGCGUCAGCGACAUCAAUGCUCGAUCUGGAUCAUGUGUUACAUCUCUAACAUCAGAUCAAAUGACGGGCAAUAUCUUCGUCGCUGGCUUUGGAGAUGGUGCGGUCCGAGUAUUCGAUACUCGAGAGAGGCCACAAACAGCCAUGGUGAAGAAGUGGAAGGAUGAUUCGGAUCGGGACUGGGUUCGGUCAGUUCAUAUGCAGCGAGGUGGCCAGAGAGAGCUUUUGUCAGCGAGCCGGAAUGGCAAAGUGAAGCUUUGGGAUAUCCGUAUGGAUAAGCCGCUGCGGAUAAUACAGGCGACAACGGAUGUGCUGCGCACCGCGAGUACGCAUGAGCACCUUCCCGUCUUUGCUGUUGGAACGGCACGCCAUACGGUUAAGGUUUUCAAUUUCGACGGCCAACAACUAUCAAGGAUCGAACCUUACUCUGGGUUCCUCACUGCUAACCGUAGUUCGCCAAUCUCAGCUACGGCUUUCCACCCCCACCGAAUGAUGCUAGCUGCAGCAUCGAAACGAGACAAUAACAUCAAUCUGUUCACCUGCGAGGAUAGGAAGGGCGGCGAGCUCGACUUGAAUGGAAACGGGCAUAUGUGACCCCCGGCGACGACCAGCUAGAUUUGCAAUUUUUUUCGAGUUUUUAACGUGCCCCUUGGCAUAGCUUUGGUUUAGUCGGGAUGCAUGCAUGCAGGCUUAUGGGCCUCUUUGAGGAAGUGCUUCUAAUACGUGUAUUUUAUAUUCGAGGAUUGCUCGAACUCGAAGGGCGGGACUUCUGUGGCGGAUAUAGCUCUUGUUUCUGUGCGGGAUAACCAGGAGGGAGUAUGCCGGCGUUUUUUAGGAGACGGGAGUUGUACUUGCUAGUUUAGCUGUUUGGUAGCCAGGCCGCCUUACAUUAAUGCUGUAUGUUUGAGUUGUCUCCUGA